AUGGGCACACCAGGCAUCUACUCUUAUAAUAUGGCCUAUGUGGAAGCAACUGUUGCAACGAGACAUCACAAAUGUGAUGUUUGUGGUAAAACGUUUCCUUUGUUAUGCAAUCUUCAGAGACACUGAUUAAUACACACUGGAGAGAGACCCCACGGAUGCGAUGUUUGUGGAAAAUCGUUUACUGAAAGGGGCAAUCUCAAGCAACAUGAAUUAAUACACACUGGACAGAGACCACACAAAUGCGAUAUCUGUGGAAAAUCAUUUACUCAGUCGGCCCAUCUGAAAACCCACAGUUUAAUACACACAGGAAAGAGACCACACACAUGCGAUGUCUGUGGAAAACCAUUUACUCAGUCGGGCCAUCUCAAGACCCACAUUUUAAUACACACAGGAAAGAGACCACACAAAUGCGAUGUGUGUGCAAAAUCGUUUACUGAAAGGGGCAAUCUGAAGAAACAUGAAUUAAUACACAGUGGACAGAGACCACACAAAUGCGAUGUCUGUGGAAAAUCAUUUACUCAGCUGGGCAAUCUCAAGACCCAUAUUUUAAUACACACAGGAAAGAGACCACACAAAUGCGGUGUGUGUGGAAAAUCAUUUACUGAAAGGGGCAGUCUGAAGAAAUAUGAAUUAAUACACACAGGAGAGAAACAAUUUACCACAAGUAUCACAUUUGUGGGGUCUAAUGUAUUGAGUAAUCUCAAGGCCCACAAGUUAUUACACAGUGGAAAGAGACCCUACACAUGUAGUAUUUGUGGAAAAUCUUUUACUCAUUGGGGCAGUCACAGGAAACAAAAUUAA